UAGUCCGCAUGUGAAUUGUUGUAUGGUCCAAAUCAUAAUAUAAACGCAGAUGGAAUAGAGAGAACAUGUUUGUGUAGCUGAAACAGAGGUUUAACUUGUUUGCAAUAUUCAUCCAAGAAUGUUAAUGAAAAUAAAUAAAUAAAUAAAUAAAUAAGAUGUCCCAGCAGCAGAUGCAGCAACGGGUUCAGCUUUCUACAGCGUCUCUUGCGAUCGUCCUGUGCAGGGAUGAAGCGAGUUUGAGCAGCGGCGCUGGCAAAUUUUCUAACCCGAACGGCUAUGAUGUAUUCGCGGAUUUUAAAUCGCAGAAUCUGAAGAGUUUUUGGAAUAAAAGGCUAGUAAAAGCCAUGUCAGAGGUUUAUUUCCAGGGAUGGAUGGAGAAUUUUGUGCUUCUGGUCCACGGGAAAAGCAACAGUCUGGAAGUACUAAGAGAAUCUUGGAUGAGAAGGGCACUGAGGUCCCCGGAAAGAUUCAUCAUCCGAGCAGUGGGUGAUGUAACUGCAGUACACAUGGCACCCAUUUCCCAGUCCCAGUUUAUCCCACUGUCAGAAGUGCUGUGCUCUGUCAUAUCCGAUAUGAAUGCUGUUCAUGUGGUCGUCAACCAGGAGGCUUUGAUUGAGCAUUUGAUGAAGCAUCACCCAGGAAUGUCCAUACCUACUCAAGACAUCCUUUACAGUGCACUGGGUUCUUUGAUCAAGGAAAGAAAGAUUUACCAUACUGGAGAAGGGUAUUUCAUUGUAACGCCACAAACUUACUUCAUAACAAACAGUCUGAUGAAAGACAACCAAAAAUGGCUCAUACAAGAAAAAGACCAACCAUCACCACCUUCAGUCACAUAUCUGGUGAGCACAGAAACCUGUAUGGACACAAUAAAUGACUUUGUUCCCUCUGUGGCUCAUUGUAAGUCCUGCCGUUGUUUCAGCCAAACACCAGCACAAUCUGCGCAAGACCUGCAGUCCAUCAGUGAGCACAAUGGGAAAGGUCAGAAGUGCAGCAAGGACACCAAGCCCUUAGUUCAACACCAGUCUACUUCUACAGCAGCCAACUACCGCCCAUGCGAGCUAUUGACCGCCAGGAAAGACAAAGUCUGCAAAAAGUUUGGUCUCAACCUGUUCAGACGGAACAUAUCAAAGAAAGAGAAACACAAAAAGGAAUAUGCAACCUACUCUGGUCAGUUUCCCCCUGAGGAAUGGCCUGUUAGGGAUGAGGAAAACUUGAAUAACCUUCCGCGGGACUUGGAGCACGAGAUAAUUAAGAGGAUCAACCCAGAACUUACUGUGGACAACCUAGUGAGACACACCAUCAUGAUGAAGAAAAUCGAGGAGCACAGAAACGUCAUCAGCAAAGGCACCUCAACAGAAAUGUUAGCCACCAAACACCGCCAUCAGUCCAAAAGCAUUGCCCGGAAAGUGGCUGCCAAGACAACAAAACAUAAAAAGAAAGGCCAUUCUACCAAAGAAAAGCAAAGGGUGAAAAACAAGCUGGCUUUGCACAGGACAGAGCUAGGGGAAGUAAUUGUAGAUGGCAACCCUGAAAACCACCCUGAUUGUCUCCACGGGCACCUGAGGCCCAAAAUCAUUGAAGAAGCGGAACUGGAGAACCAAAUAUGUGCUGAUCCCAAUGAUAUUGAAAGAAAAAAUCUUUACAAAAAGCAGAUUGAUAACCCCUUUCAGGGGAGGCCUGUAAGAGAUGCUGGUGCAGGAAAAGGUCUGAAGGGUCAUAAAAACCGUGAAAUGAAGGGAUCCAGGACAGAGAGAGCGGACAGAAGUACGCAGAGGUCAAAAUCCUGGGAUUCUUCAAGGACAAAAGUUGUUGCUGGUAAUGAAGACAUACGAGCAGUUGAUGAAGGACACUGCAAGGGCAUGAAGGCAAAUAGGUUGCAUUUUGAUGAGAGUCUGGAUCUCCAGCCGGUGAAAGAAUGCCUUGGGGAUUUUGGCUCAAAUUACCCAGAAAGUAGUACUCUGAGAAUCGAGGACAAGUACAAACUUCUACAGAACAACCAACCCAGAAGAAAUCUGUUCGGUGAUGAACCUCAAAAAGACACAAGAUACAAUGUUGUACCAGAUGGGUGUGCAGCUGGCAGUUUGAAUCGGAGGUUUAUGGCCAGACAGACUGAGGAACAUCGAGUAGUGGAACAGACUGUACAUUCCUUACCACCGCAAGUCACCUACCAAUGUGAUGCAGCGGGGAUGCUGCCUCCUUGGCCAAGACAGACAAUUGGUCAGCACCAGCCUUCAUCUCUGCUCAGACAGAUCAACAACAAAGCGGCCAGAAAUCAGUCCGGUAACCCUGAUCACCUCACCACUGCGUAUCAACAGUUAAACAGUAAACAAAGUGGACUGAUUAUACAAAGCGCCGUCCUGCAGACUGAGUCGAGUCCGAUGGGCAGCGAGGUUUUCAUGGAUGAGGAUCAGACUCUUUAUCAGCAGGCGAUCGAAGAUGAUGACGCCUGCAGUUCCCUUUAUCUGAAUGAAGAUUCAGAGGAGUUGGAGAGCAGUGAAGACUCUCAAUCCGGAUCAGUUCACUAUCAGAAGCCCUAUUCUAAUUCCAGCGACUGGCACAAUACUGCAGCUCAAGAUCACUCUGCCAGUACAUGCGAGAAUCACCCUGCUGUGUUUGGUUCUUGCUAUCAGCAAGAGGAGGCCAGGUGGCACGAUUCUACCAACAGACACCUGGCAAACCCACAGAACAGCACUCGCAUAGAAAACAGUCACAGGCCCAUGUCCCAGUUUAUUUACGAACACCUUGAGGAGAAAGAACGGGAAGGGGAAGAAGCUGAUCUGGUCGACGGGAGCAUAUUCGACUUUUGCCAGACGAGUGAGGCUGACUCGGAUGCGGAGACCUUGCAGAAAUCCGCAGACGAAGGAGACAGCAAAUAUGAGCAUUGGAACUUGAAUCAACAAACUGCAGAGAAUCAGAGAAAACAGAUUGAGAAAAAGUUAGAGCUUAUAAAUAACACGCACAGCGCCAUUUCUGGGCAGAGCUCCCAAGGCGUGCCUGUUUCUGGAGAUUAUAGUAUUACAGGAGACAGUGGAAUAGAUUCUCCAAGGACGCGAAUGAGUCUGGCCUCCAGUAAUUUAGUUGUCCUGGAAGGACUGAAGCGGCGAAGCUUUCUCCAGAAUUUAGAAAACCUGCAUUCUAAAAACAAUGUGAUCCGUUCUCAGAAUUCUUUACUUCCGCUCACACCCGUGAUUAAUGUGUGAUUCCCUCAGCUGUCAAACCAUGAAGGACUGUUCAUCUCGCAAGGCUUCAUCACAAUGAACUUGUACAAUUGUAUAUAGCCUUCUUGCUAUAAAUAAACUAAGGUGAAACUAUAAUAUGUACUUAUUGUUUUGUAAACCUGUUUCAUGACUUUAUUUUUAUUUUUUUUACUUUUUUUUUAAAUUGAUUAUAUGUGGAGCCAGUAUUGAGAUUACUGUUAUUAAAUAUGCCUUUUUAAAAUACUUUUUUUUUGUCAUCUUUUUUUCAUAAGUUACCUUUAAAUGUUAUUUUUAUAAAGUAGCUCUGGAAGCACAAGAAAAGGUAUUUCUUUUUCCAUAAAACUUUGAAAAAUGAAUCUCAUAUCUUCUUAUGAUACUGUUUAUAUUGUAGAUGUACCAUUGUAAAAGCGCAGGGAGGUGUAGUAAGCAUGGUAAAUCAAGGAAAAUAAAAUUCAAAAUACAUGGUUAACAGCAAAUGUAUCAUGUCAAUUUGCUCAAUAUAAAAUCCAUGUAAAAAGAUCCUUCACUGUGCUGUCUAAUGUGUAAAUCUUUUGUCUACUUGAGCAGUUUAACUGUGGUAAUGCCUCAUUUUAUUAUUUUUUUUUUUUUCUUCAACACUGAUAACCUUUAAGUUUCAAGAUACAGCAUGGGCCAGCAAGUUUUCUGUAUGUUAAUGACCAGUUGACCUUGUGUCUGGGAGCUCUGUGCGAGAUAGAUAAGUGUGCAUGAAAAGACACUACCAUAUAGUAAGGAUGGAGGCAACUGUACAUAUUGCAGCUCAUAUUUAGUAAUGAGCAGAAGGAAAUAUUUUGUUUGUAAAACUGUAUUUUGCAUGCAUUUUUACAUUGAAAAAUGACUUUGUCUGUCAUAGUAUAUUUGUCAAUUGACUGUUUAAUGCACAGAGAGACGACACCUAUGGCAAAAUAAGACUUUCUUUCAAGAAUGUAUUGAUUGGGUUGUUCUAAUUUAUAAUACAUGUUACACUACCAGAUGUAUUAAAUGCGUUUAUUAGAAUCCUGCAGAAUACAGUGUGUGGAUGAGAAUCAAAGCGAUUUAAGGUUUCAUAACUCUCAGCUAAUCAAGCAUGGUUAUAUUACACUAUUCCCAGUGUGAGUUUUCCAGGUGCACAUAUCUGUGCAUCACUUUGUUUACUGUUGAUCCAGUUAGGAGUGGACAUGUUUUACUCCACACACUUAAAGAGUAAUGAUAAUAAAGCCAGUGGGAGGUUCUGUUUGCUCCGCUGUCCUUCAUAUGUGUGUUCAGCUGCCUGACACUGAGAUUAGUCCUCAUUAGCACCUACUCCUUGUAAUGCAUGCAUUACACAUUUUUGGUGUCACAUCACAGAAGCAGAAGAACCGUGAAUAAACUUGUAUUUUAUUGAACCUGUUACAGGGUCCUGGAGCUCCUAAUGCUCAAAUAAAGCAGGUAAAAGUGUGCUGAUAUGGUGUGAUUGUAGAUUAUUUUUAGAAGCAUUCAUCAUUAUACUGGUAGAAACCUUCUGUUACACUAUUUUAGGUUGUAGGGCUACCGUGGGCCACAGCCCCCUCUAGUGGCAUACUAAUAUGUAUGCAUCCAUGGAAGGAUCAAAAUGCCAAAACUAUGAGACAAACCAAUAAAUGUGUAAUGUACAUGCCUAGCUAUACAAAAUAUACUAGAUGACUGAUGAUAACCACAAUAAAAUUUUGUAUUGUAUUUUUUUCUUCUGGUUAACCACAGGUACAGAAAGUCAUGUUUUCCCAUAGCUUUACAAUGCUUAGUUAUGUUAAGCUUUUAAGGGACAUCACAUUUCAAAUAUACAU